GUGAAGGCCUCCCUGUUGCCUAGUAACCACGCGCGCACGGUGAAAGCGAGGGGGCUGGAAACAAAGUAUGAAACAGGCCGCGACGGAACACAACGCCGAGAUAUGUGUCAGCAUUUAUCAUAUCGCGCUUGAUGGGUCAAAAAUACAAUAAAUAUCAUUCGUGGCUCAACGUUCUGCGCCUUAGCAGCGAAUAAUAUGUUUUUUGAGAUGCCUGACAUAAAGUUACUCAAGUUUCCUUCAAGUGAAGGAGCAUUCUUACAAGAGCAGGGAGAGAUGGUUAGCUCCAGCAGGCGUCGCAGCUGUGCUCUGGUUAGCACUCCAGCACCAUGUGUGAACAAAGCAGUGUCUCACAUCCAGGAACUGAAGUCCAAACUGGAAAACUGGGGCCAACAGGGUGAUAAUGCUCAGCAUGAAACUGCACAUGAAAACAACCACAGUAUCAUUUGGAAAUGUGUUUCUGCUGAUGGCAAAAAUGCAGAGCUGUGUAUUGAAGGCAUGGGGCUUUAUGUACAAGACAGUGGAGUGUUGAUGUCUCUCUGGACGGAGACCACAGACGUCCUGAUGGAGGUGAUGAGUUUGAUCAAGCGUCUUGAGUUGGACCGCAGAGAUGCAGAGAAGGCUCUACAGGAAGAAAAGGAAAAAGCAAAGAAACUUUCAGAGAAACUGGGCAGCCUCCGUCUCUGGAAGCAGAAUGAGUUUCCUGUAGCAAUGCAGAAAGAGCGUGAAGCGUGCAGCACAGACAUCGCCGAGCUGACAUGGCAACUGAAAAUAAGGAGAGAUCAGUUGCCGCAGGUGAGAGACAGGCUGGCCCACACGGAGGUGCUGAACCGACGUCUGAAGGAGGAUAUCGAUUUUAUGAGGAAACACGGGCCGCUCGUUCACGAGAGACUCCAGCUGGAGAGUGAAAUCAUGAAGCAGAUCCGAACAGCACAAAGUGAGGCCAGUGAGACGUUUUUAAACAUCUCUCAGAAGCUAAAGAGUCUUCAGGAGGAGUUUAAAAAAGAAGAAUUCAGAGCAGACCUUAGGAAAGGAGAAAUGAACAAAGAAAUGGAAACGAUCAGAAAUCAUCUGAGUGACAAGCAGAGUGGGUUACAGCAGCUGCAGUCACAGUGUGAGGUGUUUCAAAGGAAAAUUAAAGAGUCGAUAGAAAAACUAACAUUGAGAGACGACCAAAUCAAAGCCUUGGUGAAAAAGACACAUCAGUUUGAGAGGCAGGAAACAGACGCAAAUGAAGAAGUCAGUUUUCAUUUAGAUGAACAGGCUGUGAGAAAGCUACUGAAGGAUCGUGAGCAUGUCCUGCUGAAGAUCGGUUUGAGCGAGAAGCAGUGGAAACCGGUCAAAGCCGAGUUUGACCAGGUGUCUGCUGUACACUUGGACACCAAAGCCAAGCUGGACUGUCUAGAACGCCAAACCUUUCUGGAGGAGCUGAAGAACAGAAAAGAGAUCGACAAAAUGAAGAGCCUGAUAAUGACUGAAAUGACCACCUUAGAUAUUCUCAAGGGUAAUAGGGACGCAGAGGCAGCCAAAUAUAUCCGUGAACAAAAAGACUGCGAGAGGGUGAAAGGUGAGCUGCAGAAAAAGUAUGAAGACACUUUGUCUACAGCCGCUCAACUGGAGACUGAGGUGGAGCAACUGAGACAGAUAUAUACAGAGAAAUCUGAGACAAUUGAAAACUUAAAAGCCAAACUAAGAGACAUGCACACUGCACACAGAAGCCUCUCUGAUGAUUUUGAGAAGAAAAAGAAGCACUAUCAGGAAUGUUUUAAUUCUGUGAAGGAAAGCCUUAGUUUGAUGGCAUUGAGGUGUGAGGAGAUUUCAAACCGGAUCAAGGAGCUUGACCUGAAGUCGAAAGAGUUAAAGCAAGAGACUGACAUGAUGGAGCAAACCAUCAGCACUAUGCCGCAUCUUAUAGCAGAGCUACAGGGUUUGUCAGACACUAUGGCGUUCAAACAUGGGACAGCCACAGUAGUGAUGGGUAACGUGCACAGGGAUAUAGCUUCCUGGAAACAGAGGAAGUCUCAUCAUGCACAAAUUCACUCAGCACUGUUCACUCAACGCCGGGAUGUCAUGAAGGACACAGAGGUUAAUCUACAGGAAGCCCUAAAAGACAAUCUGAAGUUAGCGCAGGAGUAUCACGAGCUGCAGAAAGCUCUGAUGAUUGCCAGACAAGAAGCCGUUUAUGUUUUUGACAGAAGAAACAGAGCAGAGGCCUACAUCCAAGAUCACAAACAGCUUUCUUUGUUGCAGAAGAGGAUGCACAAAGCCAUGCUAAAAUACUUCAAACACCGCAGCGUCUACAGCCAGGCAGAGCUGGCCCGCUUCCAGACCCUCUCCAACCAGAACAACCAGAAAAUGAAAGCCCUCCAGGAGGAGAUGUCAAACGCAAUCCAGCGCCUCUCUGAGUUCCUGCUCUCGCUGACAGAUGACUCAACUAGCAGCCAUGUCCCGCAGCAAGCAAACAGACCCGUCGCAGAUGCCGACGGAUGGAGCAGGAAGACGCCUACAGUUCAGAUAGCGGAGUAAUUGGACGCUCACCUGCGCCAGACAACUUACUUAAACCCCCAGCAUGCUUCACUCUCUCCCCUGUCCAAACGCUCACGGCCCAAUCCAUAACAAUGAAGCAGGUGACUUUCAUGCUACUGUCAGGAAUGAUCUAAUUUUAGCUGGGUGAAUGAUUGCAAUUGGCUUUGCCUCAUCAGAUAAUUAAUCUAUGUCACCAUUAAUUGGAAAAGAGAAUAAUUAGGGGGCUGUGUUGACAGAAAUUCUACGCUUCUCUAGAUUCUUGGAUCUAAUUACACCUACUUAAACCCCUCUGACCUUAACUAGCGGAUAGUAUACCUGCGUAACCCUAACCAGGCUGGGGUUGGUCUCGACCGCCUCUCGCUCUGCGUCCUUUGUCAUUUUUUUCCUCCUUUUCUUGCUUGUUUAUCCUCUCUUUUCCUGUCUCCUCAGAGAGCUGUCUCCCUCAAUCACUUUUCAAUAUUCAAUCUUAAUUUUGUGGAAGUUUAGCAUUUUCAAUGAGCUGGAGAUGAAUGAUUAAUGAAUAAAUUUGAAUGCUUCAUUUUGUCCAUGGAUCAUUAGUCAAGUCCUUUGUGGGAAGGACCUGCGAAAAAAAAAAAAAGAGGGAAAAUUAUUGAGACAUUAGCCUGAAGCAAUCCAGGGGUAAAUAGUAUGCACAGAGGGAUGUUGUGUGAACGCUACCCACUGGCAUUCUGCACAACCCCACGGAAACGCAAGCCUUCUAAUUUACCCCGCUUCACAAGACUGAUGUGCUCUAUCGACAAAUAGGUUUCAUUUACAAAAAUGAGUUCUCAUUUUGAUGUUUUUGUUUAUAUGUGCCUUUUAACUUUUAUAUUUAUUUAUUUAUUUUACCCUCGCGCCUUGUCGUGCCUCCUCUGGUGAGAUGUCAAAUAACAAAAUUGUUAAUGAAAUGUCAGUUACGAUUGACUGAAACUAUUAUAGUC